AUGUGCGUGAUACAGCUGAGUAAUGAAGCAGAGUAUCUACUGUGGUUGGUGAGUGCUUUGCACUUCAUUUACUCCUCUGUGAAGAUUAAAGCGCUCACACACUCUCUCAUGAUUGGCAUUUUUUUCUUUUCUUGUAUUUGACUGUUGUAUUGUUGUUUUUAUGUGUGUCUUAUCGGGACGGCUGGGUUCCUGCCUGCAAACAAAAUUUACCGCAAGGUAUAAAUAAAGAAACCUUUGAACCUUUGAACCUUUGAACUUUGAUAUCAAAAUAAUCAACAGAAUUGAUACUGGCAGCGUAGUUUUGACUCCAUUACUUUAAAUAUAAAAGACACAGUUUGAAUUCUUCUUAUUUAAACUCUUGGAAACUUGUAAAUCUGACCCAACGAUGAUCUCAGAGGAAAUGCAAGUGUUCAUGUUUCUUCUUUCUGUAUGAUUAACAAUUUGUGCCAGGCUUUUUCUCAGCUGUACUGACUGUGUGCCUGUCAAUCCUCACAGGGUUCUCUUAUUAUUUUGCUCCUUCAGUAGCUGUCGGGUGUUAGGGUCAGGAGGAUAAAGGUGUGAGAAGAGGUGGUGAUUUAACCCUCCAUGGAAAUCUGACAGCAUUUGAAAAUAGCUGCACGGAUGUGGGAGAAGAAUUGAGGGAGUCAUCUGAGGCAGACAUGGUGAGUAGAUCUUAUUUGAUACUGUCUAAGAAACACAAGGUUUAUUAGUUAAUUCAUUUUUAAAAACUUUUUAUUUGAUUGGAACUGCAAUUAUUCAACAUUUACACUCACAGCAAGAAGCACAGAUUGGAGUAUUAUCAGUAAAAGGUUAAAAAAUUGUCCAUUGGAUUAACUUUAGAAGCAAAAUUUACCAUAAAAGUAUCAUGAACAGUUGAGUUACAGGCUCAUUGAAUGAUCCAUGCAGUCAAUUUGAAGGGGGGGGUGUUUCAAGUAUUGUUCAAUUAAGAGUGCGUUUUAACAUAUUUUUUAGAGGUCUAAAUAGUUCUAAAAAAAUUGCAAAAAAGUUUUCAAAAAUUAGAGAUUGAAGAUUGAAUCAUCCAGAUGCUACAAUCUGAAUCUGGUUUGUUGUCAAGUAGAUUUUACACAGACAGAGAGUUUGUGUUUCGGCAGAAAACAGUGAACAGAGAUUAUUAUUGGAUACGAGGAAAAGAAAGUUAUAAAAGUGAAAAGUUAUAAACAGCAUAAUGACUCAAAGAACUUCAAACAGCUGAACAAAAUAUUUCUGAACAAAAUAUGCAUCAAGUUUUAAGGAGAGCAUUACAUUUGUGCUGGAAGGUACAGAAAAGGCUUUUGUUGCAGUGAUGUAACCUUUGAGAGCAAAAUAAUAUAUAUAUUUUUUUAUUACUAACACACUCAGAUUUUUGGUCUUAUUGUCUGGAAAAUAUAACAGAUUCAUCGGACUGAUCUGGGUACAGAUAGAACAGCAGCCUCUGUUUUUGUCACCAUUAUCUCUUUUUCCUGAAUGCCAUCUGGUGUCUUUGAAGGAAAAAAAAAACAGCUCCUGGAUUCAAAUAUGUCUCUUACUUUCUAAACAAAAUAUCCAAUCCCUGUAAAGUCAAUCCUCAGAUUCAUCAGACUCUAACGACAAUAACAGUAAUGCUACCUUGGAGAGAGCAGGAGUUGCAGGUCGACCUCUCUGGUUCAGUUUUUGGUGACUGUUUGGGGUCCAUUACAAUAUUCUUGUAACACACAGUAACACAAAAGAAUAAAAAAACCUGAAACAGAAUCUUGUGUUUGCUUUGAGGUAAAAUUCCUGUUUUUGUCAGGUGAGCCUGCUUGCUUUUAGGAAGGUGAUGUCUCAGCUUUGCAAACCUAUAAGGACGAGAGUUGCUGGUCUACACCUGUUUGUGUUUUUUAGUUGUUUCUUGUAUAAGUGUAGUUUUCGUUUUCGUCAUUUACAAUCUUAAGUCUGUAAGAGUAUCUGAAAUUCUCUGCAUUAAGUUUUUUUUUUUUUUUUUGGCUUUUGCAGUACGGGUUCAUCAACAGCUGCCUCCAGUCUCUUGUGAUGGAGAAGUUUGGACAGGACACCUGGGACAAACUGAGGUCACUUGUACAAAAAGAUAUUCUAACAGUGGAGGGAAAUGUUGUGAGGAGUGUUUUCACAUUUAAAUCGAUUAAACUGUUGUGUUUGUGCAGCUCUCUACCAGGAGUGCGGGAUACCUUCAUGACUUACACUGUUUACGACGACGUCCUGACCGUCAGCCUGGUGCAGGAGGCCUGUUCACUCCUGAGUAAGACUUCAUCAUUUUUUGUCUCCUAAAAGUAUUUCUACUUACUCUGCUGCAGAUUUAAAUUAUUGUCCUGCGUUUAAAUCUCAUUUGUAUAUCAGACAUCAUCACAUUUCUCAGCAAAUAUCAUGCCUCUGAAUAGUUAAGAGUAAUCAUGAGUGUGGCAUCAUUGAGACUGGGUCUACUUCUCCGGGGGAAGGUGGAGGGAUUUUUCUGCACUGGUUUGUGAUUUUUAUUUCUUUAGUGUGCACACAUGUGGGUCAUUUUCACAGAUAAAACAGAGUAGAUUUUAUCUCGCAGAAAGUUUAUUUUUUAAAAUUUAAAUCCUGUUUUUAAGCAAAACCCUUCCGUGUCAAAUAGGAGCUCUAAGCUUUUUGCUCUCAAAAUAUUUAAUUUUUUACUAUUUUUCAGUCUGAUCAAUGAGAAGUUUGUACAGGAGAAAUUAAUGUUGUGUACUGAUAAGAGCUCCAAAAUUUGAGUCUUCUCCUAUCUGACAAAUCUCUCGUUUGUCAUUCACACAUUCAUUUAAUUUCUUCCCAGCAAACAUUUACACAACAUUAUUUGUGAGUUUAUGAUCAAGAUUUUGCUCAGUGAUUAAAAUAAAAAAGUUUUUUUUUUUUUCGUUUCAUACUUCAGGGUGCAGUAAAAUUCUUUUUUACAUGAAUAUUUACUUUUUUUUAAUUCAACAAUAUUUUUAUUAGUUUUAUACAAAUAUACACAGGAGACACAUUACUAACACCCCCUUUCCCUCAAAACCCCAUCUACAGCUGGAUAUUUCUAUUACUUUGUUUGAAUAACAAAUUGUGGCGCUAUAACAAAAAAUAGAAAAAUAAAUAAAUGAAUAAGUACAUAAAUAAGAAAAAAUAAAAAAUAAAAAUACAAGUAAGUGCUGGAAAUCGGGUUUUAUAGAUCUUGAAAUACAAAAGAUGUUGAGAAAUAAAAUGUAAAAAGAGAGAAUAUUUACUUUUUUAAAGGAUAUUGUUACAAAACUAGAAGGCUCGAAUAUUUAACCCUAAAUUGAAAACAUGUUUGUGUCUGGAGUAUGAACUUCAUUAGCGUGUGCCUGUAAAAACUCAGGUGUUAACAAAGUCCCAGAAGAAAUCCAACACCUUACACUCAUAUCACUGCAUGCACAAGUUAAGGAAAAAGCACAAAAAUGUUAAAUAUGAGAUUCAAAAUAAUGAGUUCACCUGAAGGAAACUGCUUAUUCCAUGUAUCCAAAAGGAGAUUACUGAAGUCGGUGAAAUGAAUGUAUAAAUGAAUGUAUUUCCUGGUAAAAAGUAGAUUGUCAUCUUUAAUUUAACUGUCAUGUCUCAAAGCUGUCGUUGUUAAGGAAGUGUUGAAAGAUCAGAAUGUAAAGGUUGAGUGGUUCACACAGCGGGGGUUAUAAAUAGGCUUUGUAAACAACAUGUUAAUUAUUUACAGUAACAUGUACUGAACAUACAUCAUCGUUGGCAAACACAUAUAUAGAUUAUGAGAGUGGCCCCUGGGUACAGAUGUAUAAAACAUAACAAGAAUUGUUUAUUCAGGGCAAGUCGACAGGGUGCUAAGAGCUUCCCGAAGGUCUGAUUAUCUUCUCUCUGCAUACUUAAGGGAAAAGGCUGUAAUUGAAUAUUUGCCAAAGCAGUAGUAAACAAACAGGAGCACGCUGAGAGGCAGGACUACAAAAUUAUACUUGAUGUUUUAGCUGAGAAUCCAGUAUUUUUAACAAGGGCUCCAUUUUUGAGAUAAUAUUGACUAAAAGGUACAAAAAGAAUUGGGUCUGUUACGUUGUAGGAGGAGGUUCACCACUCUGUGAGAGACUGUGUGAGCUAACAGUUUCAGAAUAAUGUUCCUGAGUGUCACAUAUGAAAGAAUGAGUGGACUCCAAUACUGGAUGCCUGACACAUUACAGCCUGUUUAGCGGCUGCAGUCGGAGGAAAUCUUUGUGGAACAGUUGACCAAGAGAUGUUUAAAGAAAAUGUUUCUGUGCUUGUGUCUUGAUGUUUCAGAUGUCUCCUCGGAUGUAUUUCUAAAGCUUUUUGGGGAACACUUCUUCAUUUUCUGUAAGCAAGCCGGCUACGACACCAUGCUGAGGACUCUGGGAGGAAAUCUUGUUGAGUUCAUCGGCAAUCUGGACGCUCUCCACAGUUACCUGGCUCUGUCCUAUCAGGUAUGCUCACGAUUUUCUUCACUUUUGUUUGCAGCGUGACAUCCAGACAGACUUUGGACUUUUUAACUGAAAGUAAAACUGAAGCGUCUCUGUUGUUUCGUAAGGAAAUGAAUGCUCCAUCUUUUCGAGUGGAGAUGACAGAUGAUGGGAAGAUGCUGCUUCAUUACUACUCUGACAGGAAAGGCCUGUACCAUAUUGUGCCUGGUAAAAACAACAACAUUCACCAAUCCGCCUUCUGAGAAUGAUUUAGUAGAAUUAACAAUAAAACAAAAGAAAAUUAGAAACCUAUUAAAAGGAAGGUAAACAUAAGUAUAAAGAAGAGUUGAUGAUUAAUUAGACCAAAAAAUGCAAAAAGAAAACAACAACAACAACAACAACAAAAAAUAAUAAUAAUGAAACCAUAAAUAGAGAUAUAAGUGGAUACUAUAUGAUAAUGCAAUGAUAUAUGAUAUUUAGUACAGUAUGUUGUGUAAAAUCAAAUACAUUGAUGGUUUGAUGGGGUAUAAAAUUAGAUAGAGUAUCUUAUUCAUAAACAAUACAAAACAGUACAAUAAGAUAUGUAACAAUAUCACACAUUAAGUUUCAUAAUGUUAAGCUGUACUACUAGAAAUUAAUACAUUACUGUAAAGAUUACUGUAUGAUUAGAGACCAAAAGAUUUGUCACCAUACAACAUGUUAAAACAUGAUAAAAUACAAUACAAUGGGAUAUUAAAAUGAACACAUCAUGUUUUGUUAGGUUAGGUUUUUUAACAUUUGAUUACAUUACGAGACAUUACAAUACUAUUCCAUAAAUCAGUUAACACAGCUGAAGCCCCUUAUUGCCCCCCUACAUCCACCUCUUUAUUCUUUAUCCAAUUUCCAGGUAUCAUGGAGGCAGUGGCCAGAGAUUUUUUUGACACCCAAGUGACCAUGGAGGUUCUCAACCAAUCAGAGGAAGAUGAGCGGACAGGAAAGAAGGAGCAUGUGGUGUUUCUGGUCAACCAGGCAAGCAAGUCUUGCUGUUUGAGCCAAUCAGAUUCCAGUGCUGAAACAAUAGAGUCCACCUCCACUGAUGAAGAUGACCACAGAGAGAUAAACACUGAUGGUAGAUACAUUCAACCGCCAGGCCGAUGCUUCCUGUGUGGCUUCUAAUAUUUUAUUGGUCACUUUUCUUUCAUUUAUGGGUAUGUUUGAUUUAUAUCUCAGGUGGUCUCCAGUGCACCUUCAGUCCAUGUUACCCGAAGAGGCUGUGGAUGGAGGGGAAAGCUUUCUGUGAUGCUUUUCCUUUUCACAUUGUGUUUGAUGAACAGGUUAGUCUUCAUGUUCCUGUGCAGUUUAGAAUGUAAAUAAAUUUGGUCCACCUGGUUUUCAUCACUUUCUGCUCUCUGUGCUGGUUUCAGCUGAAGGUGAGGCAGAUGGGUGUGAAUAUUCAGAAGUUUGUUCCAGGUCUUCAAGUCAGGGAUGCAAAGUUGGACCAGUUUUUCACACUGGUACACCCACAGGUAAAAAUACAAGCAAAAGUCACAAAUUCAGAAUUAUUCUGGUAAUAUUGUGUAUAUUGAAAAAGUAUUUUGCAGCGUUUGUUUUCAUCUUUCAGGUGACUUUUACUAUUGAGAGCAUCAGAAAAUUCAUCAACAGUCAGUUUGUGUUAAAGAGCCACAAACACAUCAUGCUUAAACUGAGAGGUGAGUUUUAAUAUGAGCUCCACAGCACAUUUAAAAACAUACAAUGGGCUCUAUUUUUGUGCCCGCCAGUGGCGUGGUGGACGGUGGCGCACCCCGCGCAGUGGUAUUUUCAUCUGGUGGAGCCCAGUGCACAGCCAGUUUGGUAUUUUCGUAGAGUGAGGUGCACCGAGGUCCGCCAAGCUGGGUAUGGUGGCGCGGUAGGGGGGAGGUGUUGACAGAAUCAGCUGGCGCAGUGACAUUUUCGUGCUUGCUGACGGCGUGGAAAGUGCACUGAAAGCUUGCCGAUUCAAACCUGGUCAGCUUUCAGUGCAGUGAUCUGUGAGCACAACCCACCUUUGUCACGUGGGGUUUAAAUAUAUGCAACUUAAUGUGAUUGUCUCUAUUUGUGAAAACGGGUGUUUGUCCUACCGGUGGGUACAAACUUACACACACCAAAUUCAUCUGUGCUUAUACGAGAAAGUGUGGAGGACGCCCUCCGCAGCGCUUACAGCGACACUUGUUGAGGGGCUGCCUUCUGUCGACAUCUUUGGCAUUGCUGUCUUCACCCAUCUCUUGAUCUAUUCGACAACUCCACAAAAAUUUUAAUACGCCUCGCCGUUGGCUGAUUUAAAGGCGAGGAGAGGAGCUGAUGUGAUUGGCGAAAACAGGUCUCGGCUGUGUUAAACCCACUCCACGUCUUCUCUCCUCCCUCUCUACGACUUACGCCGCUGGGAGGAGCUGAGUUAGGGAGGGAGGGGGGAUAAUUACGCUGGGCUGUGCCGCUCACCAAAAUACCAAAAUGUGCUUGGGCACGCCUUGUAGGCCUGACUUACGCCGCGCCUGUGCAAUGCCGCCGGCGAGGCACGAAAAUAGAGCCUGACCUUUAUGUCUGACCUUUAUGGCCCGUGUUUUCUUUUCUCCUCAGGUCAGAUGGUGUGGAUGGAGUCUCUGGCCUGUAUGUUGUACCUCUGUUCUCCAAAGCUGCGAAGCCUCCAGGAACUCCAGGAUGUCGGCCUCCACCUGGCUGACCUGGCUCAGCACGACGUCACCAGAGACCUGGUCCUCCUGAACCAGCAGCGCUUGGCUGAGAUGGAGCUUACCAACCAGCUGGAGAGAAAAAAAGUUAAAAAAGAUUGUUUUUGUUGUUUGUCCCUGUGGAUUUUUUUACUUCUCAACAAAAGCACAAAAAAACAUCAAGAUGAGAGAAAAUAUAAAAUAGAUGUGGAAGCUUGCUACUCAUGACAUGGACUCUAUUAUCCCCAGACCAUCACGGAUGAUCGCUUUGAACUAGGAGCUUAGAUAAAGAGGGUUUCUCCGUUCUCGAUCAUGUAUUGUCCAAAAUAAACACAGGACGGUUUUCCACUUGAACUGAUAAAACACUUCUAUUGUAUUUUCACCAUCAUUGUGCAGAUUUAAGCUGCCUAUUUGUGUUACACCGUUUGUUCCAGCUGUUCUUUUCCACUCUGCUCUGAUUGUCCCCUUUAACCUUUCCUUAAUUUGAGCUUGAUUGUCUGUCCAUCCAAAGGAGGAGCUGAGGAUUCUGUCCCGUCACCUGGAGGCUGAGAAAGAGAAGACAGAGACUCUGCUGUACGCCAUGCUGCCACGACAUAUAGCCAAUCAGCUGAAAGAUGGAAAGAGCGUGGAAGCAGGUCUGUAAAACCAGCUGUCUGUCUCUCCUUACAGCUUUCGUCUGAUGUUAAUCACAGUUUUUGUGUCCUCUAGGAGAGUUUGAGGUGUGCACGAUUCUCUUCAGUGAUGUUGUCACCUUCACAAACAUCUGCGCCGCCUGUGAGCCGAUCCACAUCGUCCACAUGCUCAACUCCAUGUACUCUAAGUUCGACCGACUCACCAGCAUUCAUGACAUCUACAAGGUAAAAAAAAACAACUAUUACCACGUCCAUCUGAGGAGGUCGGCGUCCACAGGGUGAUGGUUUUGUAUUCCUAGAUGAGUUUUUGAAAGGGGUACUCAUGUGGUUGAAAGAAAACUGAGGUUGAUAUAUCUCAAAGUUUUUAUGACAAUGUUUGAUUUAUUUCAAAGAUUUUUUUCUCACCUCGCAAAGUUCACCUACAGCAGCCACAAACUUACAAGGAAAUCAGCACAUCCACAAUACAACCUGACAAAUACAAGUUAUGAAUUCAGUUUGAGUAGAUUUAUCAUGUUUUCCUGAUGUCGUUGGAGUAUUUUCAUCCUGCUAUGCAUAAAUUAACCCAAAAUUUAAAAAUUAACCCCAAAAUGAAAAACUAAACUGGGCUUUUUGUACAGAAUCAAAGGCCAUCUAUCAACCUAAGAAUCAUUGUACAAUCCACCUUCAUGUCUGUUCUUGAUUAUGGUGACAUCUUGUAUUGCCAUGCAGCCCCAUCAAAUCCUCAGUUAAAUCCUGUGUAUCAUAGUGCACUACGUCUCAUCACUAACAACACAGUUCGCACUCAUCACUGUUCCCUCUAUCAAAAGUUUGGCUGAACCUCUGUACAAUCGAGAAGAAAUAUCCAUCUCAUGUUAUUCAUCCAUAAAGCUCUUCUACUGAAGCUUCCCAGCUACCUCACAUCUCUUCUUUCAUUUAAACCUAGUAGCUACAGAACACGAUCCAGUAACUAUCUCACCUUAGAAAUUCCAUAUAUCCGUACUAAUAUAUGCAGAACUGGUUUCAACGAUUAUGCUCCCUUUAAAUGAAAUGAGCUGCAAACCGACUGUUUCAUUCAUCUUGGAGAUUUUAAAUACGUGUUGUCUGAUGUUUUCAAUAAUCGCUGUAGCUGUUUUAACUGAUUCCUGUCAGGCCUGGGUUUGAGAGAGGACUCAGAUGCAGAGGAUCCAAGAUCAACAAACGCUUUAUUUUGAAAAAUCGUCUUAUUUACUCAAUAGAUAGAGUGAUAAAUGAAUAGGCUAUGAAAACCUUCUCUAUCUAUUCUAAUGGCAAACAGACAGAACACAAAAACAAAUCAAACCAAGAGUGAAUAAAAAUUCACUCCAAAAGGGAGGACAAAUUAGCAAGCUGAUCUUCUCUAAUCUUUAGAGGAAUAACUAUGAAAAUUUAUGAACAAAAAGCGCUCCAAAAGGAGGGAAACAAAAAGAGGCUUCAAACUUUACCACACUGCACUCCUAAGCUAGAAAAAACUGUAAGAAAACAAAGUCACUCCAAAAGGGAGGAAAAAGCAACAAGGCUAUGAAACAGAAGCUAGAUCUAGAAACUAAACAGGGAAAAAACUACAACAGAAAAUCACUCUUCUAAAGAGGAAACAAGGAUUAUCAAAAAUACAAACGUGGUUAUCGAGCAAGGCUGGAGGAACACGACUUAACGAGACACUCUGGCACAGGACAAAGGGAGACGCUGACUAUAAGACACAUGAGGUUAAUGGGGAACAGGUGGAAACAAUCAGGGAUCAGGGGAGACGUCAGACUGGAAACACAAGAGGAAGGGCAAGUGACCGCGUUGUGACAAUCCCUUUGUUUUUACCUCUUGUUUGUUUGUUUGUUGUGUUGUGUGUUGAUUGUGAAUGUUCCUUGUUCUCAGGCCUCUUUUGUAAAAGAGAUCUUGAUCUCAAUGAGACUGCCUGAUAAAAUAAAUAAAUAGAUAAAAAAUCUGUGAUGCAAACAUGAGCUAUACUUGCAUUUACUAAUGUCAACAGAGUCCAUUUGUUGCUAACAUCCACACUGAGUGGUCCCCCCCCCAAAAAAAAAAAAACAUUUGCCAAGACAUUUUUUAAAUUUUUCUCUUCUUAAAUUUAAACUUGAAUUUUUUUAGUGCAAUAAAAUCAACAAAACAAGGUGAAAACAAUCAAUAUAAAACUAAUCCUAAGUCAUUGAAGAGUUACGUUUUUUUCUGAAUCUGCACUAAAGACACAAAAUCCUAUAUUUGAAUUUCAAACUGUUCAAAAAAAAUAAAAUGCUUCCUCUCUGUAUUACCUGUUUCCUAAAGGUGGAGACCAUUGGAGAUGCGUACAUGGUGGUGGGGGGCGUACCCGUCCCCACACACACUCACGCUCACAGAGUGGCAAACUUUGCUUUAGGAAUGCGGAUUGCAGCCAGAGAGGUGACCAACCCUGUGACAGGAAAACCCAUACAGGUAAGAAUCAGAGCGCAGAUGUUUUAUGCUACAUCCUGUGUUCUCUGACGGUGUGUGUUUUUGUGUAUUUCAGAUCCGUGUUGGUCUGCACACUGGGCCGGUGUUGGCAGGGGUGGUUGGCGAGAAAAUGCCUCGUUACUGUCUGUUUGGAGACACUGUUAACACCGCCUCCAGGAUGGAGAGUCAUGGAGUCCCCGAUCACAUCCACCUGAGCUCCUCCACGCACAGGUGUGACGUUCAGAACAGUCAGGAGCUCUUGAGUCUGUAAAUUGAGGCUUUGAUUUCACAGAUUUUUGGUCUUUUAAUGAGUCAUAAAAAGGUCACAAAACCCUUCAGAUCUGCUGCAGCAGGUUGAAACAGACUGUAAUGGCUUCAGCGUGAUCAUCGGGGGAAAUUGUGCCAAUAAAAAUGAGAAGAUAAGGGUGGAGUUUUUGUUGAAGAGAAAGAGGAUUUAUGUCACCACAAAGAGCUACUCCACCUCUCUAAUAAAAGCCACCAGACUCCUCUGACAAAAACAGUAAUUUUCCCUUGAAGAAGACUUCAUCUGCUGCUUCAUUGAUGUUUUUCUUUUGUGUGUUUUUUUGUGGGGAUAAUACGAGGGAUCAGCUGUCCCAUUUAGUGAGAUCUUGUCAUCAUACUGCAGCGUCACAGACUUUUUAAUACAAACCGUCUUUGUCUCUGAAGAUAAAAUAACAGUGUGUGCAAAGAAAACAAUAACUGCAGAUUCUGAGGACAGACACGAUGGUUAUUUACAAAAUCUAACACAUGACGCAUCUUUAAAUUCAAGAUGAACGGCGGCACUGAGCUGCCAUCAGACGUUUGCACAUUGUUGUGGAUGUUCUCAGAUUGUUGAAUGCAGCGUAGUAUGUUAGAUUGUAUUAAACCGGAUUUAUUCUUAAAAACAUAUUCAUGCAAAGUCUAGAAGCAGCUGAACAAAGUUUUAUUGUCAUCACACCUCUGUUACCCUCCUCCAGAGAGUUAAAGGACGCAGGGUUUGACCUAAAGGAGCGUGGACAGAUUGAGGUGAAAGGUAAAGGCCAGAUGACCACCUUCUUCCUGAUGGGGAACCUGACAAUGGCAGAGGAGAGCAUCAUGGGAAAGGCUGAUGGGGUCUGUCUGUACAGGGAGGAGCUUCACAGUGACAAAGGUACAGACACUAAAUUCAGACCAAAGUCCUCUUGUAGGAGAUUCAAGCUGCACGUCAAAAACAAGAGCGGUCACAGAGUGGAGACUGAAGCUUCCAGUGUUUUUCAUUAAUCACAUUGCAUAAAUAAGAGGGGGGCAAGUUAAGAAUGGCAUUAUAAAUAAGGACAUGAAGGUAUUUAGUCAAGGUGUACACAGUGCAGGCCAGCCAGCUCCAUCAUUCAGAGAGCAGUGAUGAGUUAAAGGUGGGGUAGGUAGGAAUCUGUUGAAGAAGCAUCUUUUUUGUGGUGUAUAUACAAAAAAGCUUUUAAUAUCAGUCAAUAGCUAUUAGUCAUUGAUGACAUUUGGUAAUAUAACAAUAUCGCUGUGUUUUGUUAUGUUUGUGUAGUCAACAUUUUAAAUUUUCAGAGUGCUCCGCUCUUUCUGACUGUAAACAAAGCCGUUUCCCGCCUCCCCAAACCUGAUUGGUUGUGAGGAGGCGGCAGCUCCCUGUGUCGUUCAGGAGCCCAAACAAAGUUAGCGUGCUUUAAUAUCAGACAGUAGAAACCAACCAGAAAGUACAGAAAAUUGUCUGAAUCCAAACUAAAUACCGGGGACUCUGGCAGAAUAACGAGUGCUUAAAAAGGAGGUAGGCUAGACCAGACAAGAGCUAAGAAGUCGGGUCAACAAUGAUGGGGGACACUUUGGAUCUUACGGACCCUGUAACCUUUCUGCUGGACAGGUAGACUGCUUUAACAAAGUAAGCCAAGUGUCUGUAACAGAAGUGUUUCUUGUCAAACGGGACCUGCUGCGUGUUGUAGCGCCACUAAACUGUUGACCUCGGGUCCUGGAGUUUGUCACUUUAUCCUAGAGAUAAAGAUCUCUCCCAUAAACUGACACUUCCUCAGAUCCUGCCUACCCCACCUUUAAAAGACUUCGGAUUUGUAAUGAACCUUAGCGCUAGGUAGGGUUUCUAGGGAGGGAGGGCUUUCAGAUGGUGCAUGCAUAUACAAAAAAAAUCACCAUAGUCAAUCAGGUGCAUAAAUGUAUCAGCAACAAGUUUUUUCAUUGCAGCAAAAUAAAAACAAGAUUUAUGUCUGAAGUAAAAGACCAACUGCAGCUUCAAUGUUUUUACAAGUUGCUGUAUGUAAAGUUUAAAAGAAGGAAAUCAUCAAUUAAGAAUCCCAGCUAUCAAUAAGAAGAUACUGACCCAACUGUAUCACCUUGAGACAAACUGAUAGAUUUAGCGUGUUAAAGUAUAAGUUUGUAAACAUCAUGUUUUUACUUUAUCAGACUAGACUUUAUUAUACUGUAAAUGUGGGUCAGAGUUGCAAAGACACGUUUACGCAAAAAUCAAGUUGAAAGUGUUGUCUUCAUUCAGAGCAUGACACAGGACCUGAGGUGAGACCUGAGACAGAGAAGAGUGAUAAACCCUCUGGUGGAGAUCCCGGCCCUGACCUCUUCUCCUGGGACAUCACCCCUCCAUAUCAGACAGACUCCAACACCUGUACAACACCUGCAGACAACAUCAACAGCAAACUGUGUGUGUUACUCUGA